UUAGGACUUUAAAGUUUAAACCUUUUUCUUCGCUCUUCAACCCAGUCCAGUUACCCCAGUUACCCAGCAAUUAAAAUUAAAAUUAAAAUUCAAAUAAUUAAAAAAACUGUCGAAAAUGGAGUUGUUAGAACACGGCGACCGCCGGCGCCGGAAAUGUGAAGAAGCCCUCGAAGUCAAAUCACUCCGUCGAAUUAUCAGCGCUUAUCUUAACUAUCCAGACGCGUCUGAAGAUGAUAUCAGGCACAAUGAGAGUUCUUUUAGAAAGCUUCCACCUGCGCACAAGUCUCUUCUUUCGCACUUGCCGUUGAAAUACGAGAGUUUACGAAGGUGUAUAUCAGUGAAUACAUAUUUUAUUUUAAACAUGCUCCAGGCCUUUGAGCCUCCACUAGAUAUGAACAUGGAUGUAGAUUUAUAUGAUCAUCAGCUUCUUGAAUGUUGCCAAGAUGAGCACCACCACCGUCAUGAUGGGGGUUUCUUGGACAGCCAUCACGGCUCGACUGGGGAAACUAUGUCGAGAUCAAUAAUAGACCCGGUAGUGUCUAAUAUUGAAAAUGAUCUCAUGCCUAAAUCAGCUAGAGAAACCACUAAUCCCGAGGGAGAGCAAUUACCAGUCCUUAACUGUAAACCGGAGCGUGGGGAAGUCGGUUCUGGUGCCACCGAACCCAUUAGUAGUCAGGAAAGCGAAAGACAAGUUAGAGCGGUUGAUUCAAAUGGCAACGCAUCGUCAUUUUCUUGUGAUUGGUUGAAUUCAUCAUUGCAACUGAAUGUGCCACUAGUUGAUGUUGACAAGGUUCGCUGCAUAAUAAGGAAUAUAGUUAGAGAUUGGGCAUUGGAGGGGCAAGUGGAGCGUGAUCAAUGUUAUCAGCCCAUUCUUGAGGAGCUUGAGAGAUUGUUUCCCAAACGCAGCAAGGAAAGUCCUCCUUGCUGUCUGGUUCCUGGUGCUGGACUCGGGAGGUUGGCAUUGGACAUUUCACGUCUUGGUUUUGUAUGCCAGGGUAAUGAAUUUUCAUACUACAUGAUGAUAUGCUCCAGCUUUAUUCUGAACCACUCUCAAUCUGUUGGUGAAUGGACUAUAUACCCUUGGAUCCACAGCAAUUGCAAUACGGUUUCAGAUGAGGACCAACUUCGUCCUGUUUCUAUUCCUGAUAUUCUUCCAGCUAGUGCAGGAAUAACUGAAGGGUUUUCAAUGUGUGGCGGGGAUUUUGUUGAAGUUUAUAGUGAUCCAGGCCAAGAAGGAAUCUGGGAUGCUGUAGUUACGUGCUUUUUCAUUGAUACAGCUCAUAAUAUUGUAGAGUACAUUGAAAUUAUAUGGAAAAUUCUCAAAGAUGGAGGAGUGUGGAUAAAUCUUGGACCGCUGCUUUAUCAUUUUGCGGAUACAUAUGGGCAAAACGAGAUGUCCAUUGAAUUGAGUUUAGAAGAUGUGAAGAAAGUGGCUUUACAUUAUGGAUUUACUUUAGAGAGGGAAAGUACUAUCUCAACGACAUAUACCACAAAUAUUCGGUCUAUGAUGCAGAAUCGAUACUUUGCAUCAUUCUGGACCAUGACAAAGAAAACUGCAAACAAGUCUACAGAAAUGCACGACGCCUAAUGUGUGAUCAGCAUUGUUUCAGAAGGAUAUGCUUCUUUUUCUAGGUUCGAAAUCGAACAAGAUUGCAAAUACAGGCACCUAGUCAGUAGUCCCCCAACUAGCAGCAGACAGUUUUUCUCAUCAUCAGUCUCUGAAUAUGGAAAACUUUGGUGCAGUGUUAGAUAUAUAAAUAUAUUCCUUUAUUUAGUUGCAAAGAAUUAUUAAUUGUUUGUAGAUCAAGGGAUCCACAUUGUUCAGCUAUGGCCCAUGGGCCAUGGUCCAGGAUUUUGAAUCCCAUGGGCCUUGUUUCUGGGCUCAUUUCCUUCAUGUACCAAAUUGGACUAAUGAAUGUAAAAUGGAAAUGAUAUUGUUUUA